UUGCGAAACGUGUUGUAUCGAUAGGAAACUGAACAAGCAAAAUUUAUGUGUGAGCAUAGGACCCAUUGUUUUCUCUUACUUUUCUACUGAUUAUUAUGGGGAAGAAUAAACAAGCACAACGAACGAAAAACAAUGCAAGACCAUCAAAUAGUAGCAGAAGCGCAGAGCUUCUGGGCACCGCAAUACCCAAGUUUGUUGGUUUCUCAGCCGUGAAAGAUGGUGGAUACGUACCUGUAUUACCAGGUUUAUCACUUUGCAGUGUAAAUGAAAUUGAAAUGAGUAAUGUGGAUAGUAAUUUUCAAAUAGUGUUAAAGAAAAUGAACAAAAAAGAUGCGACAACAAAGUGCAAGGCCCUGCAAGAAUUUGCUGUUCUGUGUAAAGAUUCAGAAUUUCCAGCCGUAGAAGGAAUGUUGCCAUUCUGGCCCAGAUUAUAUUGUGCCUUGGCAAUAGACAUUGAGCAUAGAGUAAGGGAAGCUGCACAGUUAGCACAUGCAGCAGUCGUGAAGCGUGUAGGCAAAGGUAUAGCCGUGUAUUUGAAACAACUCGCAGGAGCUUGGUUCACUUCCCAACACGAUAUGUAUCCUCCGGCUGCAUCGGCUGCUAGUAAUUCAUUCAAUGACACAUUUCCAUCAAAAAAAAUUAUCGAUGCCAUUGUGCACUGUCAACGUGAAAUUUUAAUGUAUAUUUGUGAUAAUGUCACUGUUCACACUGCACAAUCUUUAUCUCUGCAAAAGAGUCUUACUGUAGAGGAAAUGGAGGCAAAGUAUCAGAGGGUGCUGGUCGCCAGCCUGCAAGGAUAUAGUUUUUAUCUAAAAAAGGUUCCCGUAGAGGAAAUCGAGAAAAUGGUCGAUAUUCACCGUAAAAUUAUAAGUAACAACAAGUUCUGGAAGUUGGUGAAGUAUGAUGUUCUUCCAGUGAAAACGGCAUUCUUUAAUGUGCUGACAUCGGUGAUCGAGAAUGCUAAUAUAUUGUUGCAAGAGGAGAAAAAGAGAACUGUAACAACUAUUAUGAACAGCCUAGAUGAAAUGGAACCAGCACUUUUAUCUGCCGUUUGGGAAGCCAUGCUUGUAACUAUAAAUAAAAUAGAGGACUGGUAUUGUGUAGUGAGCAUUGAGAAGCUCGUAUUACCGAAAUUGUGGCGUGUUCUACGAAGUGGAGGACAGUGUUCUGCAAGUAUUGUAUACCCAAACUUGUUACCAUUUAUCAGUCAAUUCCCUAAGUUAAAUGUCGAUGUACAUAACUUGUACAUGAACUUCUUCAGUAAUAUGCGACAUGGAUUUUCUCUCAAAAGUGUGCAAACGAGCCGCUCAGAAAUGUUUGCUGUAACAACAUCGUUCACUGAAUGUCUACGGUAUUCUGUUCUAUUAAAUGUUAACAAUCAAGACUUGUGCACGGCGCUCCUCAAAGAACAGCUGAUACCAGUUUUAGAAACAUGUUUAAAGGAGAAAACUCAAAUGAAAGAAAUUCUCUUCCGUGAAAUUAUACAGUUGGUGCGGUACUGGAGCAAAAAUCGCCACAAUGAAGAUUAUAAGUCGUAUAUUCACUUAAUACAGCGGUUUUGGAUUGAACUUGAUUCGUUGUUCAAUUCGCUGAUAGAUGCGUCUCAAAAUUCUGAGACAUUCAAUACUCCGGAUACAAAUAAUUCUCAGAUUGAAUUUUUAAUUACAUUGAAGACAGCACCUAUGCACAGUCGUAAGAAUUUGAAGGUGAAGUUUUCUAAUCCGGAAGAGGAUACGAACGUUGAGCCAGAAACUCCGACGACAGAAGUCGAUACCGAUACAAAAUUCUUAGCGGAGCUGAAUAACUUUGUCAAUUCCCUUUGCAUUAAAUACUUUGAUAAAAUCAGCGAACAACGGACACAAAAAUACGUGAUACAUUUGAACAAGCUUAUCACGUGUUUCGAGAGCGAAAAACUUUUCAUAAAUCUGUCAGAGUCUUUAAAGACUCAAAUAAACUUCUUCAGUUUCUACGAUCAGGUCUUGAGACAAUGGUUGCUGGAACAAUCGACAGAGACCGAGCACAUAGUGGAAUUAAUAUUCAAUCUGAUUAUGUAUAUGAACGAGUCUGAGAAGGAGAAGGUUUUGAAAUCGCUCACAGGGUUUGAAGAUGUCGUAACAACAAGAAGCGUUGUAUAUUGUGCAUUGUCCAAGAAGCGAUCAAGAGAUAAUGCGAUCAUAAAAAAAUGGUGUUCACCGUCUAAAAUAACUAGUCUGUUAAUAGACGUAGCAAAGGAAAUUGCUUCAGGAAAUUAUUCCGAUCUCGAGAAGAAUCAGGAUCUCAUUUUGUUGGCUCUCGAGCCAUCCGAUGAUGGCAAUUUGUUGGUCAAGGAAGAUGGAGUCAAUGAAAUCGUGUCUAUUCUCUGCAAUUCCAUUCACGAAGUGGAUGAAGCGUGCUUGUUACACUUCGCGCAGCUAAUUUCUUGCAUUGUUCCAUUAACAUGGGCCCACAAGCGAUCAACGCUGGGAGGUGUACAAGUAUUGGAAACACUGUUCGAAUUGUGUUCUCAGAACUACUUCAGCAACAAUGGAACUUUCAUAGAAACAAUGAGGAAUGUAUGGAAGAAUGGUCUAUUGGAAGCCGUUCGAAAACUCUCCCGAUUGGAAUUUAUCGAAUUGACCAGAAAAUUUGCAAGCAUCAUGUGGAAGAAGAUAUACAACUCGAACGAAGAGCAUACAAACGAAACAUUGGUGGAUGUUUCAGCUGAUUUUCUUGGGAUCAUUAUUAAUAACGAUGUUCACAUGGAAGAGACUCAUGUACAAGAGAUUAUUUUAACAUUCUUAACGGAUUCUGACAUAGCAACGUGGAUGGCUGAAGUAACAGGAAUAAUUCUUUAUGGAGAAGUGAUAACUGGAGAGUUGUAUGUGUUCACUCUGGAUCAGAGUAUACAGCUUUUCCAGAAACGUGAAUCCGUUAAUUUAAUUAGUAACACGGUAGUAGACAACACCGAAAAUUGCUUGAAGUGGGCGUUGUUCAAUACAAAUUUGCUGAACAAUAUAUGCUUAAGAUCGACUGACACAGAUCAGGAAAGGGAAGAAUCUAAUAUUGAGAAACCGUCGAUACAGAAUGUUAAAUUACCAGGGAUUAUAGAUCUAUUAGUGGAUAUUAUGUAUUCGGUUAUUUUAGGGCGAAUAUACACAAAUUAUUAUAAAUCUACUAAGUGUUACAGUAAUGUGAAGAAAAUUUUGACGACAAUUCAGGAUAAUUUCAAGCAGUUACAAACAUACGUUACGGAAGAUACCUGCAGUGAAAUUCUAAGUUACAUAAAAAUGAAUUCUGACAAAUAUGGCAGUAUGCUGUCCUACUUAAUAUACUUUUGUCGCACGGAAUUAAGCACAAGCAUGGCAGCUCAAAAAGUAUUUGAAGUGUGCAACAAAAAUAUAGAAAUUAGUCUGCAGGGAUCGCAGGUUCCAUCCGAGUUUCAUACAUCAGAUAUUUAUAAAUUAAUAGUAGCAAGGAAUAAGCUUCGUAAUCAAGAAGACGAUUCCGACUGUUUCAGUUUAUUGGAAAAAAUAAUAUCUUACGAGAAGGAGAACUUCACUCCGUUACUUUUUGAUUGCGAUUUGUCUGCGACCUCGUGGGAACAGUUAACAUUACCUUUGGAGAUUAUCAGAUUACUGGCAGAGCUCGCGACAAAAAUACCUUCAAAAUUAACCAGCGAACACUGGAAUUUUAUUUUAAUAUCAUUGGUCAUGUGGCGACUCACUCUUAACAAAUCAAGGCAACACAUUAAUGACUUUAAGGUAUCAGCAUUCACGGUAGCCAUCUGUCAACUUUAUUAUGCGGUUCAGAAUGUAAUUUACAAGCAAGAGCAGAUAAAAGAUUUACCUCCAACACUACUGGACGAGUGGAAUAAUGUAUUCGCCGGUGAUCUCCAAAGUGGAUUCGCCCAGACCUGGAUGUUCUAUGCAGACACCACCUUAUCAGAUUGGCACAACGAAAGAACAAACGCUUUGAAAGCGAUCGUAGUGUUGGAUCACGUAGGAAACGCAGUGAAAUUGUUAAAUGGAAACGUAUUGUUUAAAACUCAGUUGUACAUAGUAGACUCCGCGGUUGCUGUUGACUUGAACAGCGCCGUUGGAUUGUCACUGAGGUUACUGUUGUCUCCUGUAGCCAGUAUACAAUUGGGUGCAUAUCAUUUAUUGAAACACACCGUACCAGAACUCGUGGAUAAAGACAAAGCUACUGUGGAGAUGGAGAACUUUGAUGUAAAUACACUGAAUAUUAAACAAAUGGAAGAUAGACUUCAAAAUACUCAGAACAUCGUGAAUACUAUUUUAAUGGAUUUCAAAUUAUGUGACACAGUCAGUUGUACUAUUCAACCGUACACAGACUUUUAUACAUGCACUGUAGGCUAUUUACUAUCAUGGGCUAUCAUACUAGACAUGUGUGCGAAUGCUCAUGGGGAUCUACUUUAUCAGUAUGCCGAAGUAGUUAAAGACAAUUUCUUCCCCAGUUUGUUAAACAAUAUCUUCAGGCUGAUGCCAGUGGAGGUACUUCAGGAUAACAAAAAUAAGGGUGCAAGCUUGAUGGAGCUCUUUUCAACAGAACCAUCCCUCGAAUUUGGAGAAAGUUGGACAGAAUGGAGGCUAGACCACAUAGUCUGUUGGUUGUACAGAAACAGUUUGAGGCAUUUACCGGUAUUGGUGAGGCAAUGGUGGAGUACAUCCGACAGCCGGGUCAGCGCGGCCGUGGACAAGAUCACGACACAUUAUGUCAGUCCCAUGCUUUGCCAGGAGCUGCUCAACAAUAAAUUACAAAAUAUCGAGAACAUGCAGGUGAAGGUUCACGCGACGUUCCGUGAAGUGAUGGCGUUGUACCAAAUGGACGACACUAAAUUGGAGCUUAACAUCAUAUUACCACCGAAUCAUCCCUUGGGACCGGUCACAGUGGAGCCUGGCCAACACGCGGGUGGAACCGCGAAUUGGAGGAAUUGUCAUAUGCAGUUGUCCAUAUUCCUUACGCAUCAGAACGGAUCGGUCUGGGACGGGCUUGCAUUAUGGAAGAAAAACUUGGACAAGAAAUUCGCCGGAGUCGAGGAAUGUUACAUAUGCUUCAGUAUUUUCCAUUCGAGCUCGUACCAGAUACCAAAAUUGUCUUGUCACACGUGCCGCAAGAAGUUUCAUACAGCUUGUAUGUACAAAUGGUUCAGUACAAGCCAGAAGUCCACGUGUCCAAUCUGUAGGAACAUAUUUUAAUUGAACUACUGUGUAUUAUCUAUGAAGAAACUUUGUACCUCUCUAUUCAAGUUCGUUAAGCCGAAAAUCCUGUAAAUAACCGAAGCUAGCGAACGAUAUUCUAUAGG